UAAACUCUCUUAGUAGUCAGAAUCGAGAAAUCAAUCCUCUCUGCUGAAAUCCCAAAACCUAACCUAACUUAAACCUAAACCUAGAUACAGAACCAGACCAGUCGUUGGUUCACCCGAAAAUCCCAUACUCUGCUGGUUUAUACGGCGACCGAACCUGCCUUAAUCUUGGGUUUAGCUUCUCGCAAAACUAAUUCACAAGCAGAUCACCGGUGAAACCAGAACCAAUCGGGUUAAUCCAAGAGAGUUGCAGCUACGGUAACCGGUCGGACCACUUAUUAUCAUUUAUUCUAAUUUUUCAUGAACCCAUCUCCUCUACAAAAGCCAAGUUUAAAGGUAAGGAAAUAAACCCAGAAGUUUAAUGGCGCCACGAAGUGCAGACAAACAAGACUUGGGUUGGAAACAUGGUGAGAUGGUGAAGGAAGGGGAAAAGGUUUACAUUAAGUGCAUAUAUUGUGGUAAAAUCUUUAAGGGUGGUGGGGUUUUUAGAUUGAAAGAGCAUCUUGCGGCUCGUAAGGGUGGAGGACCAAUGUGUCAAAGGGUUCCACCAGAUGUUCGACUUUUGAUGCAACAGACUCUUGAUAACCUUUCAGCGAGGAAGAGCCACCAGAACAAGGUGAUUCAAGAACGACAACCUUUGCCAACUGAAUUUGAUAGUCCUGAACAAAAUAUGCCCAGUGCAGGAACCCGCCAAAAAAAGGACUUGGCAUGGAAAUAUUGCCAAACGUUUAAGAAUGAUGGGAGGGUACAGAUUAAGUGCAGAUAUUGCGCUAAACUAUUUAAGGGUGGUGGCAUUCAUAGGUUCAAGGAGCAUUUAGCUGGUCGAAAGGGUGCUGCAUCUAUUUGUGACCAAGUUCCAGCUGAUGUUCGCCAUUUGAUGCUUCAGAGUUUAAAUGAUGUUGUUGGGAAGCAAAAGAAGAAACAAAAACAGACUCCGGAGGAAAUGAACAAUGUUGGUUCACCUCCUGCUUCUGGUGAUAUGGACAAGUUUGCCAAUGAUUUUGAUGACGAUAACGAUGAAGAAAAUGAUGACGAACAUGAUGAGAAUGGUAACGAUGAUGAUGAUCCUGAUGAUGAUGAUUAUACUGGAGCCCUGAAUUCAAUUGAACGGAAAUCAAACUUUUUGGUAGUUGGAGAAGAUGGUGUCAAUCAUGGAAAUUUGGAUAAAAGGAAGAGGGGAAGAGGCAAAGCUUCUUUUGCAAAUGCUGUCCCUUUAAAUGUAGUAAAUUUGCAAAUGGUGGACAAUCCAACUCAAAUGACAAUAGGCAGGUUCUUGUAUGAUAUAGGAGCAAAUUUAGAUGCACUAGACUCAAUUUAUUACCAGCGGUUGAUUGAUAUGAUUUCUCCUCAAGCAUCAGGGGUACUAGCACCAUCAAAUCAUGAUCUUCGUGGUUGGAUAUUGAAGAAUUUAGUUGAAGAAAUAAAGAAUGAUAUUGAACAGUAUAGGACAAUAUGGGCCAAGACUGGUUGUUCUAUCUUGGUUGAAGAAUGGAACACAGAAAGUGGUAGAACCUUGCUAAAUUUUUUAGUGGAUUGCUCUCAGGGAACUGUGUUCUUGAAAUCUGUUGAUGUGUCACACAUCAUAUAUUCUUCAGAUGGUCUGUAUCCAUUGAUUAAACAAGUAGUGGAAGAAGUUGGAGCCAGUCAUGUUCUGCAGGUGAUUUCUAAUGGGGAUGAGCAUUAUCAUGUUGCUGGCAAAAAGUUGAUGGAUACUUUUCCUUCUUUGUAUUGGGCUCCUUGUGCUGCUCGUUGCAUUGAUCUGAUACUAGAGGAUUUUGGAAAACUAGAGUGGAUAAAUGCGGUAAUUGAACAGGCUAAGUCAGUAACAAGAUUUAUCUACAAUCAUAGCAUAGUUUUGAAUCUAAUGAGAAAGUUUACUUUUGGAAAAGACAUUGUGCAGCAGGGGAUAACUCGUUCUGCUACUAACUUCACCAUGUUGCAAAGAAUGGCUGAUUUUAAACUCAAUUUGCAAACCAUGAUUACUUCACAGGAGUGGAUGGAUUGUCCAUUUGCAAAGCAAGUAGGAGGAUUAGCUACUUUAGAUAUUAUAAGUAAUCGGUCGUUUUGGUCUUCUUGCAUCUUGAUCAUCCGUUUAACAAGCCCACUCUUGCGACUUUUAGGAAUAGUUACUAGUAAAAAGAGAGCUGCAAUGGGAUAUAUUUUUGCAGGAAUGUAUCAAGCAAAAGAAACAAUUAAGAGAGAACUUGUUAAGAGAGAGGAUUAUAUGGUGUAUUGGAACAUCAUGGAUCAAAGGUGGGAUCAACAGCAACAUCCUCCUCUUCAUGCUGCUGGUUUCUUCUUGAAUCCCAAGUUCUUUUAUAGCAUUGAAGGAGAUGUGCAUAAUGAGAUUUUGUCAAGAGUGUUUGAUUGCAUAGAGAGAUUGGUUCCUGAAAUAGAAGUCCAAGAUAAGAUUGUGAAAGAACUAAACUUGUACAAGAGUGCUGUUGGAGAUCUUGGGAGGAAGAUGGCAAUUAGAGCAAGAGAAACUAUGCUUCCUGCUGAAUGGUGGUCUACAUAUGGUGGAAGCUGCCCAAAUUUGGCACAUUUGGCUCUUCGAAUUAUCAGUCAAACUUGUGGUUCAGUUGGGUGCAAGCACAAUCAUAUUCCUUUUGAAAGGGUUCAUGCCACUAGAAACUGCUUGGAGAGGCGGCGACUCAAUGAUGUGGUCUUUGUGCAGUACAAUUUGCGUCUCAAAGAAAUGGUUGAUGAAAGGCAAAAGCAGGUUUCUGCGGAUCCUGUAUCAUUUGACAAUAUUAGUGUUGUUGAAGACUGGAUCAUGCAAAAUGAAUUUUGUUUAGAAGACUGUGAGAGCUCAGAUUGGAUGUCCCUGGUUCCCUCUUCUGUUAACAAUAUACCACUGGGACCCUCUGUUGAUGAAGUUGAAGAAUUGGGUACUGGUUUUGAUGAUUUUGAGAUUUUUGAUGGAUUGAAGAAAUGAAGAUGGUGUAGCAAAUCAGUAAAGCUGCGAAAGGUAUUGUAAUGAUUAUGCUUGAAGCUACAACUUAGAUCCAGAUGUCACUAAGAUGAAAAGGAACACGAAGGAUUAUCUUACUUUCCUGUAGGAUAUUUGUGUUUCAGGUUGUGAAUGCAGAUAGUUAGCCA